AGACGUGGAUUACAAGUGUAUUGACUAGUCAACGACAAACAUCACAACUCACAAUAGAAAAUGCAGAUCCUUACCUACGUUGCUGAUAAUUAGGUAUUCAAAUUUGAGUUUGUGAAUAAACUGUUGUGGAUUUAGACAGUCAGAUUACCGUGGCUAAAACGAGGGUGCAUGGAAUCGUUUGAACAUAUAAAAAACAAUGCAACCACCACCGAUAGCAGUAACAUCUGGAAAAGUGCCAGUUUUCGUCUUUCCACAAAGCAUUACGUUUUACCUGGGUGAUCAGUCGACUCAUAAACAAGUCCUCACCCUAUACAACCCUUAUGAUAUACCGAUCAAAUUCAAAGUGCUGAGCACGGCGCCUAAUAAAUACAAGGUUGUUGAUCCCGAAGGAAUAAUCAAAGCCCAUUGCUUUGUUGACAUAGUUGUCAGGCACACAGCUCUCACAAUAGCGAACUGUAAUGUGGUCGAUAAGUUUAGAAUAAAAAUGCAGGAACAUCCAACAAAGCAGGGAAUAGGUAAACGUGAUGUGGAAGCAAGACUUUUAAGUGGAACACACGAAUCUACUGAGAGAAGUAACCUGGAACAGGAAAUGUUUCAACACCUACCAACUAACGAAGGAAAGCAGCAAAUUUCAUACGCGCUUACAGCUCAAAAUAAACAAACUGAUAGAGGGACAAACUAUGUGGCGUUAGUAGCUGGCAUUGUUUGCAUAGCGGCGCUUCUUUUGCCUACCGAAGGAGAGCGCACUCCUAGAAUUCCUGACUAUCUACAUCUCUCCGUUAACUUCAAGCUCAUAUUUUCAUUUGUAUUAGGUAUGGUCACGAUAAUUGUAUUGAGGCUAUAACGUGAUGUUUUAAAAAUAUUUUUACUAACAAACUUUACACACUAUCAGAGAAAAAGCUAAUUUAUUACAUGCACAAUUAAUUUAAGAUCUUUUAAAUCAGUCAUCGUGAUCAAUUUAUCCUGAUUUUAUUGCUUUUUAAUUGAAUUUUUUUUUCCUAUCUAGUUUUUAUCGCGUAUACCUGACACUAGUCUGUAAUAAAACUUAAGUUUUUCCAAUAAGUUCGUGCAGCUGUCGAUAUUUAUUCUUAUGUAUUAUACAUAUCGCGUGAAGCACUAUACAUAUAUUUUUUUAUUGCACAUAAUGAAAUUGAUUCUUAUUUCGUAUGAUUUCCAAUAACUAUCACCACCUGAUUUUUCAUUUAUGUUCUUGUUGUUUCCGAAUCAAUUUGCACAUGUAUGUACCAAGACUGUUUAUCAAUUCAGACAUAAUCUAACGAUUAAAGUAAUUAAGUAUGCAUUUUACUUUUAUUUCAUUUUGUUUCUUGUGCGAAAAACAACAUGCACCAUAUUAUCAGUGAGAAAUAUUGCAUUCGGUAUGAAAAAUUUUUAGUGACGAGUGGGAGUUGGGAUAAGGUUUUAAAAUAAUGGUCCAUUUCCCUGUAAUAUUUUCUAUGGUCAAGACAAUUAUUUUACAACUAGUGUGGCAGCGGUAAUGGACAUACACGUAAUUUUAAAUUUAGAAAAGUAUAAGUGUGUUCUGAUAGUAUGAAAUUGUGGGAUAAUAAGAAAUAAGUUUUCUUCCAAAAUAAUUGUUCGUACUAUUACGAACGGUUAGACGUAAAAGUAUACGUCAGCAUGUAAAACUUUGUAAGUGAUGGAACCAACAAUUGUUAUUAUUACAC